AUGGUGAGGUGGCAUGCCAUUAACCAGGAUAAAGCCGCAGUUUCUCAUCCUUCUGCGGAAGAUACUGUAUCCUUCUUCCGCACCUGCCUUAAUGGACUCAAUGCAAUAGCAGGAGUUGGGAUCCUCUCAGUUGCGUACGCUCUUGCAUCUGGAGGGUGGUUAAGCUUGGUUCUUGAGCAGCAUUUUACACAAGCACGUUGA